AACAAUUUCUGUCUCUCAGAAAUUUAGUGCCACCCAGAAUCAGAACCCAUCUCUCUCUCUCUCUCUCUCACAUUCACUCAAGGGUUUGUGCAGAAAAUGACCAAAGCGGUGGCUUUUCUGCUACUUUUGGUUUACAUGUUGAGCUUAUCAGAAGCCAAAUCUAUUGUUCGUCAGCCUCAUGCUCAGAGAUCCUUCAAGAUCAAUGCAACCCAGGAUGCAGGGAAAUGUUCUUACUCAGUAUCAAUAAAAACAAGCUGUUCUUCUACCAAAUAUACUCGGGAUCAUGUCAGUCUUGCUUUUGGCGAUGCUUAUGGCAAUCAGGUGUAUGCAGCGAGGUUGGAUGAUCCAUAUUCGGGAACGUUUGAAAGGUGUUCGACAGACACAUAUACUUUAUACGGUCCAUGUACAUACCAGAUUUGUUAUCUGUAUCUCUACAGGAGCGGAUACGAUGGCUGGAAGCCGGAAACUGUGACCGUCUAUGGCUAUUAUACCAAGUCUGUUACUUUCUACUACAACACUUGGAUUCCAAAUGGCAUCUGGUAUGGAUUUGAUGAAUGCCAUGGCGCCUCUGCAUCCUCCUGAAUAAUGUAAAAGACUUGAGAGUUUGUGCCUUGUUUUGGUUCAUUGUUGUUCUUUGAUUAAUGUUUCAUGGCCUGAAAUUAAUAUAUGAGACUUUGGAUUUUAUU